GCCUACUGCUGCAAAUAUGUACAUAAUGGAACAAAGAAUGGCGCAGGCUGGGACAGACUUCACGACGAGUUCAGCAUGAUAGUUUCGCUCUGGUAGACACGGCCGAACGCGCCGAAAGUUUGGGCAAAUAUGAUGAGAGCUGCAAAAUGCGGUUCGGCUGCGUUUCUCCUUGCUCUGACGUGCCUCUUGGCGCACAGCGUGUCCUCACCCGUGCGAGCACCAGCACUCGACGCGUUCUUCCAAGAGCUGGACGCGAAUCGGGAUGGCUCCGUGGACGCGUCGGAGGCCUCGAAGUACGUGGAGUCGUCCAUCGGCGGCAGCGAGUUUGACUCGCCCUCGGAAGCCGCGGAGGCCGCCCGGAUGAUUGCGGACACCAUUGACGGGGGCGACGCGGGGUCCACCGUCUCCGUCGAUGAGCUAGACCUGCACCUGCACAACGUCCUCAGUGGCGUGCGGGUGUGGGAGUGGAUACGUCACGGCCUGGGCCUGCCGCAGUAUGCCGAGGCGUUCCGGCGCCACGCCAUCACGCCGCUGGACUUCCCUGUGCUUGUGGAGCGCAACGGCGAGGUGCUGGACAGCGAGCUGGGGAUCUCCAGCCCCUUCCACCGCUCCAAGGUGGUCCGGGCCAUACGCCGCCAGAUACUGGGGCUGGGCCGCCCGCCCUCGGAGCCGCAGGCUGUGGCUUGCAGCACGGUUCCGCCGGGCAUAGGCGGCAGCGGCGGCGCCGGCGGUGGCGCCCCGGCGCCGCGUGUGGCUGUGAUGUGGUCGCCGCCGCUGCACCCGGGGCGGCCGCCGCUGCACCGCUACGUGCUGGAGCGGGCGGCGGCGGACGGCUCCUGGCAGGUGGUGGCGGAGGUGGAUGACGCCGAGCCGGCGGCGGUCAUUGUGGACGAGGCGCCCGCGGCCUCAGCACCCGUGCCGGCGCUGGUGCCCGGCGGCGGCAGCGCGGCGGCGCAGGGCGCCGGCGGCGGGGCGCAGGGGGCGGUGGCGGCGGGGCCGGCGGCGCACGUGGCUCGGGCGCUGUACCGCGUGGGUGCAUGGAACCUGUACGGCCGGAGCCCCUACGGCAUGGCGGCGUGCGAGUUCGAGGUGGGCGGCGGCUCCCAGCUCGUGCCGGUGCCGGUGCUGGUGCCGCCGGCGGGAUACCCGGCGCUGGGGCCGGCUGCCCUCGCCGCAUCGGGCGUGGAGGCCGGCGCAGCGGCUGCUGCGGCAGAGGCUGCAGGCAACCUGACCAUUGACAGCGGCGGCGGCGCUGGCGGCGCAACAACACCGCCCCCGGAGCAGCACCAUCAGCGCCAUCAGCACCACCGGGGGGUGGUGGCAGGCCGCAGCCCUCCUCAGCACCGGCCGCGCGCCACGACCUUCGCGCCCCUACCGGAACUGUUGGAUGCGUUGGACCCACACGACGACCACGACGCCGCAGAGGACCGCGCGGCGGCCCGGCGGCGGCAGGAGCAGCAGCAGGAGCUGUUGUUGCUGCUACUCAAGCAGCACGAGGCGCGCAGCGCAGCUGGCGCGGCGGGCUUGGCGGGGCAGGGGUCUGGAGCGGCGGUGGACGUGGCGGCCGGCGGCGCGCGCGGCGCGGCCGCGAGCAACAAGGGCCGCUCCGGCGGCGUGACUGGAAACACUGGCGGCGGCGGCGGCGGCGGGCUGCUGGCUGGGUGGAGCAGCGUGCUGCUGCUGGUGCUGCCGUGGCUGCUGCGGCUGCUGCCGCUUCCGGUGCUGCAAGCUGUGAUAGCGGCGGUGGCGGCCGCGGGCGCGCGCGCCUGCGCGGCCCUGGGGCUGCAGCCGCCCGAGUGGCUGCUACAGCUGGCUGCCGGCCCGGCGCUACAGCCGCAUGUGCCGCCUCUGGGGCCGUCGCUGCAGGAGUCGCUGCUGCACCUGCACGAGCACCUGCAUCAGCAGCACCAGCACCAGCUGCAGCACGUGGGCCCGGCGGCUGGCGGCGGCGGUGGCGGUGGUGGCGGCGGAGGCGGCGGAGGCGGCAGGACAGGCGCAAGCGCAUUCGGCGCCGCUGGUGCGGGGUGGGACGGCUUGCAAGGCGGAGCGGGCGGCUCCGGCGGUGGGACCGGGAGGGCGGUGUCGGUGACAGGGGCGGCGCCUGCGGCCUCCAGGCCGCAGGCCCUUGCAAGCCCCGUGCCCAUUCCAGGGGGCGGGGCUCGCGGGCGCGUUGGCAGCAGCAACGGCGCCGGCAGCUACUCGGGGGCUGCCGUGGGGCUGGUGGGCUCGGCAGGGGCCGCAGGGGCGCACUACAUGGAUGCAGGGGGCUCGCCGGCGCCUGGGGCCGCGGCGGCGUACGGCAGCCCUGGCGCAGUCGCCACAGGCGGCCGCGGCGGCGGCGCCUUAGCAGGGGUGGGGCUGGGCUUGUUGCAGCGUGCGUCGGCUGGCAUGCACCGCAGCAAUAGCGAGAACGACGUCGCGCAGCCCGGUGCUGCUGCCGGCGGCGGCGGUAGUGGCAGUGGCGGCUACGACGGUGCUGCAGCCGUCGGCGGCAGUGGUGGCAACUACCACUCGCACGCGCCCCCGCACCGCCCUCCCCACCAGUCGCACGUUCACGUUGGCGGCAUGCACGGCAGCAGCAGCGUCGAGGGGCUGCGCACCUCCUCACCCGCCGGCCUGGGCCGCGGCCGCGGGCUGCCCAGCAGCGGAGCCGGCGGCGGCGGCGCCAGCUCGGGCUCCCUGUCCUUAGCAGGAGUGGCGGCGGGUAGCAGCGGCAGCGGCCCUGGCGGCGGCGGCGGCAGUGCCAGUGGGUUGCACGUGGCGCGAAGCAUGGGCGCGCUGGGCGCGGCGGGUGGGACGGGCGACCCCGACGCGGAGGCGGCGGCUCUGGCGGCGGGCGCGGAGAUGCUGGCGGCGGCGGCGGCGGCGGCGCGCAGCGGCCGCGACAAGGACAAGGUGUGCGCGCUGCCCGGGUGCGGCAAGAAGCUGGACCUGCUGCACUACCGUGACUACGCGCGGCGGCACUACUGCGGCCGCUGCCAGCAGACGGUGUGCGGCGCACACACGGCCUACAGCCCGCACGGCGCCACGGGCUCCUGCGGCCACGAGUCGCGGUGCGUGUGUGUGGCCUGCUUCCAGCACUUCAACCCAGCCUACCAGGCCUUCCUGAGGCAGCGGAACACGCUCAAGCCCGCGUCCGGCACGUCGGCGUCCGCGGCCUCGGUGUCGGCGGCGUCGCCGGCGGCGGCAGCUAUGAUGGCGGCGGCGGCGGCCGCGGGUGGCAGCGGCGGCGGCGGCGGCGGCAGUGAUGUCGGCUCGCCUGUGUCGCCCGCGCGCGGCUGGCGGCGGGGCUCCAGUGACGGCAGCGGCGGCGGCGGCGGUUUUCUCUCUGGCGGCGGCGGCAGCGGCGGCGGCAGUGGCGGCGGCUCGGGCAAGAGCGCUUCCAAACUCAUGUGGGAGCGGGCGGCCACCAAGCUGAAAGCCGUGACUCGCUUCAAGCGAGGCGGCGAGGAGGCGCACGCACACCACAUGGAGGAGCAGCAGCUGCAGGAGCAAGAGCAGGCGGCGGCGGCGCAAGGCGGAGGCGCUGCUGGCGGCAGGUCGGAGCGCCUGCCCAGCAUGCAGCGUGUGGUGGAGUGACCAAGCGUGUUGUUGCACAGGGAUUUUGAGAGAGUCGCUCUUGUGUGCAUCAGUUAGCACAUCAGGUGUGCAGCAGGAGGUGGUUGUUUGGCAGGGCAAGGUGCGAGCAGGGGUGGUGUACAGGGACAUCUGCAGGGCUCAGUCCCAGCCAAGGUACAGCGAGCGUGCCAGACUCUUUCUGGUUGUUUAGAUUUUAAUAGUAGAAUUCAGAGGUUAGCAACGAGGCUGCACUGGGUAUCGCAACUAGCGCGCGCUUGGAAGGCCACGCGGUCGGUGUGGGUGGGCGAGUGGGUGUGCGAGUGGGUGCCAGGGUGCUGUGUUUGGCCGCCGGUUCCAUGUCAGCCUGCUCUUCACACACAACCAGGGUCGAAACGCUUUGUCGCUUACAUAAAUUGUAAGCCAAUCGUUUG